GUCAUGUCAAAUCAACGACGAACGCGAAUGUUCAAGUUCGACACGUGCGUUUGUAAAUUUUAUUAGAUUUAUUUAAAAUGUCUAUUCAAGACAAAGUUUUAAUGCGCAAAAUAAAAAAGCGAGAGAAGCAAAAACUCAAACUAGUGCAGAAAAAGGAGUUGGAAGUACAAGAAGAUGAAAACCUCGACGUCGAGCCAACCAAAGGAGUUAAAAGAGUGCUAGAUAACGAAAACGGGCCGGCUAAGAAAAAGAAAAAGAAUCCGAAGAAGAAAAAACCGUCGAAACUAGACGAAGAUCUCGAUAACGAAGAGGAAGAAGAAGAACCGGAUGUUCCUUCGGAUAUCGAUGAAGUAGAAGAUGCGACAGAUUUAGGAAAUAAAUUACCGGGAUCGAGUACAACAUUGGAAAUCCUCAGUAACAGCUCGUUCGAGUCCCUAAAAGACACAGUAUGCGAAAACACCCUAAAAGCCAUAGCCGAUAUGGGUUUUACGAGCAUGACGGAGAUCCAAGCUCGCUCGAUACCGCCCCUACUCGAAGGCAGAGAUCUCGUGGGAGCCGCCAAAACGGGUUCCGGCAAAACCCUGGCGUUCCUCGUUCCCUCCGUCGAGCUCAUCUACAAACUGAAAUUCAUGCCGAGGAACGGUACGGGAAUCAUCAUCAUAUCACCCACUCGGGAACUGUCCAUGCAAACGUUCGGCGUUCUCAAAGAGCUGAUGAAAUAUCACCAUCAUACGUACGGCCUCGUCAUGGGCGGCACAGCCCGACAAACGGAGGCCCAGAAACUCUCUAAAGGCAUUAAUAUUUUGGUGGCGACGCCCGGCAGGUUGCUCGAUCACCUCCAAAACACCCCGGACUUUUUGUACAAAAAUCUACAGUGCUUGGUCAUCGACGAAGCCGAUCGUAUAUUGGAAGUGGGUUUCGAAGAGGAGAUGAAGCAGAUUAUCAACAUUUUACCGAAACGAAGGCAAACGAUGUUGUUCAGUGCUACUCAGAAUAAGAAAACGGACGCUUUGACUUCGCUCGCUUUGAAAAAAGAGCCCGUUUACGUGGGCGUGGAUGACGCCAAAGACGAGGCCACCGUGUCCGGUUUGGAGCAAGGUUACGUGGUGUGCCCUUCCGAUAAACGACUCUUGGUUCUUUUCACUUUCCUCAAAAAGAACAGGAAGAAGAAGGUGAUGGUGUUCUUCAGUUCGUGCAUGUCCGUUAAAUACCACCACGAGUUGUUCAAUUACAUCGAUUUACCCGUCAUGUGUAUUCACGGUAAACAGAAACAAACCAAGCGAACGACGACUUUCUUUCAAUUUUGCAACGCAGAAACCGGUACGUUGUUGUGUACCGAUGUAGCAGCAAGAGGAUUGGAUAUACCGGCGGUUGAUUGGAUCGUGCAAUUCGAUCCACCGGACGAUCCGAAGGAAUAUAUUCACAGGGUGGGUCGUACGGCUCGAGGCGAGGGGAGUUCGGGACACGCUUUACUCAUUCUGAGACCCGAAGAAUUGGGAUUCUUGAGGUAUCUGAAACAGGCGAAAGUGCCGUUGAACGAGUUCGAGUUCAGUUGGAGCAAGAUAUCCGAUAUACAACCGCAGUUGGAGAAUCUGAUCGGUAAAAAUUACUUUUUGAAUACAUCGGCGAAGGAAGCUUUCAAGGCUUACGUGAGAGCGUACGAUUCGCAUCAUCUGAAGACGAUAUUCGAUGUUAGUACGUUGGAUUUGGCGAAGGUGGCGCUGUCGUUCGGUUUUAAAGUGCCUCCGGCUGUGGAUUUGAAGGUGUCUGCGAAGAAAGCGGAGAGGCCGGAGAAGAACCGGAAGGGCGGAGGAGGGUUCGGUUUCUACAAGAAUAUGAACAGUAUGGGAUCGAGGGAUUAUAAGAAGAAUACUGUGUAUAGGCAACCGAAGCCUAAUUAUAAGGGUAAAGGGGGGGACGGUAAAAGGCAGUUUAGUAGAUGAUUCUGUUGAUUGUUUUUUAUUUUAUAAAUAAACUAUUGAUGAUAGA